CCUCGUCGGUGCCAAAAGCAGUGCCUGACUAAAAGUAUAUUUUCGCACAGUUUACAGCGAAGUUUCGAUUCUAUUAUUCAUUCAGUACAAUUAAAACUGUCAUUAAUUUAAAAUAUUUCGCUUUGUCUUAACCAUAUUAAUUUAAACAAUGAAAUAAUAAUCGUAAUAUACGUCGAUAUCAUAAAAUACGUUAUUAUGUUAUUAUGAAAAAAUAUUCUUCACGGAUAAAUGAACUUUUAGCAAAACAUAAUGCAUAACAUUGACUAAUUUACUUGUAGCCACAUUUUGGCAGGAAAAAUCUAUUUAUUUAUUUUGUAUUCUGAUCUGUUGCUAUGGUCACCGAUACAAAGCCAUAGUGAAUUAACUACUAUGGUGGGAUCUGCUCUGACCAACCGCGCGAGCUGAGCUGCCUAGGACAGGUGUUUCAACCUUUUCUGAGUCAGAGACCCGCACCCUGACUCAAAGGCAUCCAGGGAGCCAUUGUGCUGUAGUGCACCUUGAACAGGAUGGCAGAGCAGUGGUCAUCGGUAGAGCGCCUGAGACUUAUCGCAGUGCUGCAGGACUGUGAGGACCAGCUGGCCGUGCUGGAAAACAUCAUGCCCAACACUAGCAUGGGCCACCUGGAGGUCGACAGUACUUGUACUGCCCACAGUUCUGUGAUGAUGUGGGAGCAGCGAAAGAAGGCGGCACAGCAAUGUCAGGCGGAGGGGGCAGGGGUGCCAUCAGACUCCCUGGCCCAGGUUGAGUAUGACAGGAAUUUUGUGGCCGAAGUGAUCACAAACCUACUGAAGGAGCUGCGGGUGACCGGAACAUUCCACACUCUGCUGUCCACCAUAGAAGAAGAAAAGGAGAGGAAGGCUCGAAUCCGAGACUUCAUCCUCAGAGAGGAGGAGGGUCGACGCAGGACAAAGACUCUGCAGAGAGAGCUGGUGGACAUCCGCAAGGAGAAGGUUGUGGAGCUGCAGCGGUGUGAUGAGAUGAUAGCCCACCUGAAAGACCAGCUGCAGGAGACUAAGGCCAGGACUGAGCUGGAGAUGAAGUAUGUGAGCAGAAGCUCUGAGCUGCAGGUGUACCAGGAACAAAAGCUAAACUCCAUGAAGGAAAAAGAACUGGAGGCAGAGCUCAUGCGAAUGCAGCAGAAGCUGGAGGAGGAGAGAUGUUCUCACAUUGAGAUGGAGAGAUUCCUCAAAGAGGACCAGUCAGCCCUGGAGGAGAAGCUGGAGAUGUGGAUGGAGCGCUAUGAGAAGGACAUGGAGGACAAGCAGCAGGAACUCAACACCAUGAAGAACAACAGAGCCAGCACCCUGGCCCAGCUGCAGGAGCUGGCCAAGCAGUACAGGGAGAGUGAACAGGUGGUGAUCGCAGACCGGGUGGAGAAGGAGAAUCUUCGCAGAGAGCGAGAGAAGGAGGACAUGGAGUGGGCUGCUGCCAUCAAGGUCCAGUCCUGGUGGCGGGGUAGCAUGGUGCGGCAGGGCCUGGGCCCCUUCAAGACGGGCAAGAAGCCCAAAGCCAAGGAGGGCAAAAAAGGCAAGAAGAAGAAGAAGUGAAAGAAUCCAGUUUUCCAUUAUGUGUGCCUGCGAACGGUGCAGAAACUGUUACAAUAAUGUCAACCUCAGCAGUAUCUCAAUGAUUCCAGAAAGCUUUUAAUCAGUGUAGUGUUACUUGUGUUGGGGUUAACAUGUGUGGAUGAAUUAUACUUUGAAUGUUGACGCAUUUUUAGUAAUAUAACUAUUCAAUAAUAUUCAUAAUUUGAAAGAAUAACUAAUAAUGUAGUCUGGAUCAGUGGUUCCCAACCUCAGUCCUGGGCCCUCCCUGUGUAUGGCUGUAAUUCCAGAAUUUUAUCAAGAUGUUCAUUUUUUUCAUUAUGUGGUUUUCAUGUUUAGAGAGAUUAUUUACCCCCUUAACCCAUAUUAUGCCAUGAAGAAUAAAGCACAUUGUGCUUAUUCUGGUUGAGCAGGGACUGAUCCUUCAAAAGACCUGAAAAACACACAACGGCAGAAGUGGGAAACUUUUAUUGAUACAUUUAAAAAUAACAUUAAAAUGUUCAUUCCAGAACAUUCUUUAGUUUUUUUUUUUCCUCCUGUUAUUUAAAACCAAAGAGUGCUUGUGGGGUGAGGGAGCGUGUAUUUCAUUAGGAAACACAAAAGGAAAAGGAAAAAUGUUUGGCUGUUGUAAAGGAAAGAAGUCCUUCAGAGUAAACUGAAAGCGCUACAUACUUAUAAACGUAUGGAAUGUAUUUAUUUACUGUACAGAGUCAUGCAGGGAACAACCCUGCUGUAGUGUCACAUGAUCGCUGUGAGCAUCCACCCUACUCGUAAAAAAAGGAUAAUCGUGAGAAAUCUAUACAGAAUUAAAAUAACCAUUUAAUCAAUCACCUUUAACUUCCCUUUUCA